AUGCUUGAAGUUCAAGACAAGAAAAAUCCAUCUCUAGCCUCAACUGUAACAUAUCCACUCACAAAACAAAAACUGAAAAUGGCUGACAAAGCUUUAAGUGCAGAGAGGAAAUUGACAAAAUUCGAAAAUAUUAUUUUGAAGGAAGAAGAAAAUGAGAAGGCAACAAAACUUUUCUUGUUCACCUUAAUUAAGAAGGGCAAGUUUAUAACAGUCUUAAACGUUGCGGAGGGAGAGUUUGACUUGAGUUUGCAGCAACAAAUGAAAAUCCGCAACAUAUUCACUGAAAAUCCGCAACAUGUAGUGUCUUACUUUGGGUUGAGUGGAAAAUUGUCAUUAUCACACCAAAUAUCUCCUCAAAAGCAAAUGAUUACUCUCGACAAAACAGACACACUUUCUGAGGGUACAACCAAAUCUGAAAAAUUAGUGGAUAACGCAGAACAUCCAAACAAGGAAGAGAAAGAAAAUAACAUCGAUCAUGACUAUGCCUCUGAUGCAACGGAUGACACCAUUGAAUAUGUCGUUCUUAAUCAUUCACGCCAUUUCGAAUCUAAUAUUUAUUUAAAAACAGAAGAUCCUCCAUAUAAUCAUUAUGACGGAUCUGGAGAGGAGAGCGAAAAGGAGCCCAUAAAACACAGCACAGAAUUCCACACCAAUGCUGCCUAUCAACAGACCUCACUAUCCGAAAUUAGUACGAUUUCUAAUCCUUCCUUAGCUGAUCAAAGCACAACUGAUUCUCACCAAAUUGCUGAUUUGUCACGAAUUGAAAAAGUCGAGGAAGUAUGCAACGAUAGUAUUGAGCCUGUACUUCUCGCAACAGAACAACCUCCACUCGAAACGCAGAAAUGUCAACACAUGAGCGACACUGUUUAUUCACACCUUGGAACGCCCCAUGAACCUAACAAUGAAGUUUAUCCUCCAUCACCAAAGUACUCUGAAAGAGAUGAGAAAGAAACAGCAGAUCCCUCCUCUCUUCAAGAUCAUCACGAUUUUUCAUUCUCUUACACUGAUCCUUAUGACGAAUUUUCGCCAAAACCCUCAGUGAAAUCCAACAAUCCUUCAACAACACACCAAAAUGUUACUGCUGCUACCACCCCAAGAGCCACUCAUCUCGAAUCUUCUCCUCCUUCUCAACGAUCCUCACAUUCACGUUCCUCAUCCUCUGAUUCCUCGUUCAGCUCACUGAGUUCUGACUUUGAGGAAGCAGCAUAG